AAUGAUAACGAAUACAAAAUAAUAUGUGUAAAUUUGUAAUAUUAUGUUGUGUCAGAGCAAUGACGUUUUGUUCUAAAUCUGCAAUAAUCGUUAGCUAGUGCGUUUCAAAGUGUACGAUGGGCUUUAAAUUGAAAGCUCUAGUUGUAGUUUCGUCGGGACUUGUUUUAGGCGUGUGUACGUAUGCUGCAUACCGAACAUGGAAGAAGCGACAGUACAGUGCCGAUGAUGAAGGUUUCGAAGACGUUUCGAAGUUAGAAGAAUCAUUGGAGAAGAAAGUAUUGGUAUUGGGAUUGGAAGGAUCUGGAAAAUCAACAUUAGUUUCACAAAUUGUUAAGGAAGUUGGACAAAAAAGUAUUACAUCAAAUACUUUAUACAAACCAACCGAAGGAUUUAAUGUCACAUCUUUAUCUGAUGGAGGUUCUCCUACAGUCAACAUAUGGGAAAUUGGUGGCAAAGAAAGUGUAAGAAGGUAUUGGCCAAAGUUUUUCCAGGAUACAGAUAUCUUAGUGUUUGUUGUUGAUGCCAGCAAUAAUUCAAAUCAAUCAGUUGUGGUGAGCGAGAUCAAAUCAUUACUUGGUGAUGCCCGUUUGGCUUCUGUUCCCAUUUUAGUCCUCGCCAAUAAACAGGAUAUGAUUGGUGCACUUAACGCAGAACAGAUCUCAAAUGUACUCGAUUUGAAAAGCAUUCCAUCUAGAUCACAUCAAGUAAAAGUGUUAGAAACUCAAACAAGACCAGAAAGUAAUGAAAUCCAUCAAACAGUAUUAGAAGUCCGGAAAGUGCUCUUAAAAUUAAGUUCCCAUAUGUAACAUGUUUUUUUUUUGUUCAGUUUAAACAGUAGUAUGUAUGUAUAUAUUUUAUACCUAUGCAUACAAAGUAAUAUUAUUUAAGAUAAUUCAAUAUCUCAAUUGUAUUUAUUAUUUUAUAGUAUUUUCAUAUUUAAAUACUUAAAGUUCUAUAUUUCUUUGUUAAGAUAUCAUUUGAUUUAUUGGAUAACCUAAUUUUCUAAUUCUAAACAAUUAUAUAUUUUUUUUUAAUUUAAGUACAAGAUUAUUUUUAAAACAAAUAUUGUUGACAUUGGUCUAUGAUAACUGAUUAUGAAAUCAAUAGCUAAUGAUAUUAGACAGAAUGAAUAAGUUUUCAGUGUGACCACAAACAUUUUAAAAUGAUAUCAAUGAGAAUACAAUAUUUUUA